CUUCGGGUGGACAUAAGAAGGUUAUUGUAGAAGUCAUGGUUCUUGACACCAUUCUGUCGUCUUCUCCUCGAUUGAAGUCUCCAUCUUUCAGGAGACAAUUUGCUAAGGAUGGACUUGGUAGUUGGUCGACACUCUUCCAGAGGCAUCGCUUCCUCUUAUUCGCUCUUGUGCUCCUUACAAUCCUCUGUACUGUUUAUCUUUACUUUGCUAUCACUUUAGGGUCCAGUGGCUCUUGUUCUGGGUUGAUUGGAGCACAGAAAGCUUCAUGCCACAUGGAGCUUGUCAAGGAUUCUAUUUCCAAGGGCAAACUGAAAAUUCUUUGAUAUUUCAAAUAUAAUUAUUGAAAUUUUUGUUGCUAAUCCCCCCACCCUCAAGUAUAGGUGACAUGAAAUCCAAAUACCGUCUUCGGUUACAAUAUUUGUGUCAUAUGUAUACAGAGUUUAUCUCAGUAAUUUUUAAUGUAUGAUACGGGCAGGAAGCCAUUUCUUAGAUACAUUAUAUGUUAAUUUUGAUGACUGGUUACUGGCAUAUAUAUUUUUUAACAUUGUACAAGUUUGGAUUUACCUAUU